UUAAAAUUCUACAUAAACACAUAUAAAUAAUUUUGAUCAGUUCUGGUGGUUAGUGGUGUUCUCUUCCUGUUGCAUGAUAGAAGAUUCGUUUUUGUUGUUUAUAUAUAUUUUGCACAAAUUUUAGUGGCCAAUACUACGAGUUUUCAUUACGGUAACGCCGUGAGUGUUAGGCUCCAGGGUAAAUGGAGAAAGGGAAACCGAGUGAGGAAAAUCAAGUAGCUGGAUAAGGUAUCCUCGAUAACAGAAGGGUGACCAGGAGUGUGACCAGGGCACUGGAAAAUCAAAUAGUUGGGUCGAUAUUUACUCAGCUCGACACUGGCAUAGAGCGUCCGGUGGACUUUGUACCGACGGACUUCCUGAAUAGGUGUGCUGCACGUAUUUUUGGUACAGCACAGAACAUCCCUCAGCCCAGUUUAUCUGUCAGGAAUAAUAUUCAUAUUAGCAGAAUAGACAGGAGCUUGAAUUUUUCAGAAAAGUUAGAACAAGCACUACAAAUGUCGGAAGAAGAGCAAGGAGUUUCUAGGUGUGGAGAAAGGGCGCAAGGCAGCAAUUCACAACUGCCACACGGUGCCACAGGGUCACAAGCGCGUGUUGACGGACCGAGUUCAGCAUUACAUAACAUGGAAGAAAUGAUGACGCUAAUGGCGCAGCGAAACAAUAUGAUGGCUCAAUGUAUGGACGCGGUCCGGAACAUGCGGG